GCAGUCUCUCCUCCCCUCGCGGCGAUAGACGACAAGGACCAAAAUCCCCUGCUCGGACAUCAACGGUUAAAUGCAACACCUCGGUACUAGAAUAGACUCCAUCCACUGAUUGUGCUAACUCCGAGAUCGCAGUCGACGCCCUAAUCCGCGAUUCAGUUUGCUCGAAAUGCUCGCUCGUGUUGUUCAUCCAGCUUGACCUUCCCGCUGACCUUUUUGCCCUGCUGAUCAAGUAAAAGAUGGCGACGCGUGACUACAAAGAGGCCUCGGCAAUAGCUCGUAAGAGGAGAGCGGCCAACAUUGCUGCCUUCUACAAGACUCCAGGAUGGAACGAAGCAGACUUGCCCAAGAAUCUGACCGAGUAUGCGCUCAAAUCUGACUACUACACCGACGACGAGCGCCAGAUAAUCCAAUCAGAAGCCGAUGUGAUCCUCGAGAAGAUUAAAACCAAGGAAUGGACCGCACUGGAGGUCACCAAAGCCUUCUGCAAGGCAUCCGCCUUGGCCCAGGAAUUGACCAACUGCUUGACCGAAGUACUCUAUACCGAAGCAAUUGAAAGAGCAAAAUACCUCGAUGAUUACCUCGCGCGCACAGGGAAGACCCUCGGCCCGCUCCAUGGACUACCAAUCUCGCUCAAGGACUGCUUCGUGACUGCACCACACCCUUCCAGCAACGGAAUGGCGAUCUAUGCUAACGAGCCCUUGGAAAAAGAUGCGUUACUGGUCACCAUUCUGCGUGAUCUGGGUGCGGUCUUCUACGUCAAGACAAAUGUCCCUGUUGCCAUGAUGAUGGCGGAAACAAACAACAACAUCUGGGGAGAAUGUCGGAACCCUCUACACAAAUACCUCACCCCCGGAGGAUCUAGUGGUGGUGAAGGGGCUCUGAUAGCCCUCAAAGCCUCGCCCUUGGGGAUUGGCACAGACAUUGGUGGUAGCAUCCGUAUUCCCGCCGCAUGGUGCAAUCUGUACGGCUUGAAACCUAGCUUCGGUCGCUAUCCGCACUAUGGAGCCAAGCCGGGCAUAGCUGGUCAAGAGUAUAUUCUAUCGGUCAACGGGCCAAUGGCGAGAUCUUUGAAGACGCUCCAGUUGUACUCGGAAGCCCUCUUAUCCGAGGACGUGCGACCUUGGGAAUAUGACCACAAAGUGAAUCCAAUCCCAUGGAGGAAGAAUGUUAUUCAACCACCAGGCCGUAAACUUCGCUUCGGUCUAAUUGGUGUCCACGAUGGUCUUGUCCAUGUUCACCCACCCGUCGAGCGGGCUUUGAAGAUGACCCAGGCUGCGCUUGAAAAGCAAGGCCACGAAGUCAUUCCUUGGUCCACCGAAGAUCACGAGGCGAUUGUGAAGAACCUCCAAGCAGCCUUCUUCGAUCUUGGUGGCGCUGCCAUUAUGGACCUUAUCAAGCCUUGGGGAGAGCCAGUUUUUCCGAGCAUGGAAGGGUACGCAGUGGCGGCUGCCGCAGGUGAAGGGGAGCUUGGACCGACAAAGAUGCGAAUGAUGAACCUCCGGCGUAAUGAACUGCAGAAAGCCUACCUUGACCGAUGGAAUGCGACCGCUACGGACGGAAAACCACGACUGGACGGGAUAAUCUGUGCCGCAUCGCCAUGGGCAGCUCCUCGGCUUGGUCAAACCCAGAAGCAGAGUUUGUAUGUUGGCUAUACGGGCUUUGUCAACUUCCUGGACUUCGGCGCCUGUACCUUUCCGGUCACCUUUGCGGACAAAGAGCUUGACAAGGCAAGAGAUAUGAGCACCUUCAAGCAAUUGAGCGACAUCGACGGCAGAAUCCAACAAGAUUACGAUGCUGAGUUCUAUCACGGAGCACCAGUGGCGUUGCAGAUUGUCGGAAGGCGACUCGAGGAGGAGAAGAUCCUCGAAAUGUGCGAGGUUAUCGACAACUGUUUGAAGAUGGCCUAAACCGCUAGCUCUCUGGCGGCCAAGGCAAGGCGUUCUUCGCUGAUGGCUUCAUUCUAACCGAUCGAGGCGCCGGCCCCCUCACUGAUCAACCUUGGGCUUAGUCUCAGCCUCACUCUUCUGAACUUUGAGACUUGAAAUUA